AUGGGUGACCAGGCCGUACCGGUGAAGGGCAACGUUUUAGGAUCCCUCGUCCCGGCUCGCUACAUUCUGGCCGUUCUGGGCUCAGUCGCUAUGGCCAUCAUUUAUGGGCUAAAGGUGAAUCUGAGCGUUGCGAUGGUCGCGAUGUUGAACCAUUCGGCCCUCGCCCACCACGGUGGGCCGCAGGAAAUGAAGGAAGAACACGUCAACGCCGAACCCGUCUGCCAGGGCAGCAACUCAACCGAAGCCGUGGAGGACGGUCCAUUCAUCUGGAGCGAACCGGUGCAGGGCAUUAUCCUGAGCUGCUACUUCUGGGGUUACCUGGUGUCGCAAAUUCCCGGUGCUCGCGUUGCCGAGUCCUUCUCGGCCCGCUGGGUUAUGUUCUUCUCGGUCCUGAUCAACGUGGUCUGCACGCUGCUGACACCGGUGUCUGCAAAAUUGCACUAUGUGGCGAUGAUUGUUAUGCGCAUCGGUGAAGGUAUCGGCGGCGGGGUCACGUUCCCAGCUAUGCAUGUUAUGCUGGCCUCGUGGGCACCUCCGAACGAGCGCAGCGUCAUGUCGGCGAUCGUGUACGCCGGAACCGCUCUCGGAACGGUAAUUUCGAUGUUGAUGGCGGGCGUGUUGGCCGGCACGUUGGGCUGGGAAUCCGUGUUCUACGUGAUGGGCGGCCUUAGCUGCCUGUGGAUGGUGCUUUGGCUGUGGCUGGUGCAGGACUCCCCGAACCAACAGGCGCUGAUGAGCCAGGAGGAACGUGAUCUCAUUACCACAUCGCUCGGGUGCUCGAGCGGUGGCCACAGUGAACCGAAAGCUCCAGUCCCAUGGCGUAAGGUGUUUACCUCCGGUCCGUUCUACGGUAUUCUGAUUGCCCACAUCUGCAACAACUGGGGCUGGUACAUGCUGCUGAUAGAGUUGCCGUUCUACAUGAAGCAGGUGCUACAGUUCAACAUCAAGGAGAACGCCGUAGUCACUGCGAUUCCGUUUCUGACAAUGUGGUUCUUCAGUAUGGCGCUCAGCAAGACGCUCGAUGCGCUGCGAUCGCGAGGCAAGAUCACUACGACGAUUGCGCGUAAAACGGCCACCUUCAUUGCGUCUGCCGUACCGAUGUGUUGUCUGUUGGCCCUGUGCUUCAUUGGAUGCCAGCGUGGCCUCGCAGUGGCUCUCAUGACGAUCGGAAUCACCGCAAUCGGUGGAAUGUUCUGCGGCUUGCUCUCGAACCACAUCGACAUUGCGCCGAAUUAUGCUGGCACGCUAAUGGCCAUCACAAACAGUGCAGCCACGCUAUCCGGCAUUAUUGUGCCGAUCUUUGUUGGACAGAUAACUCACGGAAAUCAAACGAUCGGUGCUUGGCGCGUGAUUUUCUACGUUACGAUCGUUCUGUAUGUUGUGGAGAUCAUUGCCUACCUUUUGCUAGCUUCCGGCGAAGAGCAACCGUGGAACAAGGGAGACAAACCAACCGGUUCCGUCGAGGCAGUCGAAGCGGAAGCUACUCCACUGAACACGAAGGAAUCACCGAAACAGAACUACAACAGCCAGGAGCAGUAGGGCGGCACUCUCUCUAUUACUUACCAAAACCAGUGGUACUUAUGCGUUAGGAUUAAUUUAGUUUAGGGCGCGUCACUUAAACCGUACGACGGCUCGCAAGGGUCUAGGAGAGCUUUGAA